GGGCCCUCCUCCCUCAUUCUCUGUCUCUCUCUCUCUCUGUCUCUCUCUCUCUCUCUCUCUCCGCAGGCUGAUUGCUGAUUCACUCUCAAACGCUGGCAGCUCAGGGAAGAGAUUUUGUUGCCUGUGCACCUGUUCUCAUCUGAUAUAGCCUAAGAAUAAGAGUGUAACCAAAAGGCUGAGAAUGAAACUGUGUUUGAAAAUCACAGCAGGUCUCCUUCUGCUCGUCCAAGCUUUCAGCCUGGCAUCGCUCCAAAACACAACUGACUCUCCGGGACGGACGAUUGAUGGAAAGUGGCUGCGUGAAUUCGCCAAAAAAUUAGCUGCAAGUCAAAACAUUGCACUCUCUGAAGAGAAGGGGUUUGAUCAGGAGAACGAUGGGACUCCUAUGGAGUCGAGUAACGAUUACAGUGGAAUAGCAUCUGGCUCCAUGGCAGUUUUUAAUGAGGAAGAGGAGAACGUGGCCAGCCAAGAUGAGGGUGCUAAUGAAUCUGAUGAUAUGCGUUUUUUCACCACCACCACUAUGCCUUUAGAUGUAACAACGGAGCAACCUGAGUUUCAAAACACAACAGUUUCCCCAACCACUGCAACUACGGAUCAAACAAACUCGAGCGACGUCAACAUGAUAGACGCCGAAGAAGAUUUUUACAACUCAACCAUGACUCCUCAAAACUCCACAACUCUUCCAAGUGUGCAAAAUGCAACCAGCUUUCCCGAUUACUCCAAUCAAACUGAUUUAAAUACGACAACUUUGUCUCCAGAGAUCAAUACAACGCAAGAAUCGACAACCAAACUAGAGGAAUAUCCAUGGUUCAGCAAUGUCACAGAGUCAACCAACACAACCAAUGUGACAACAACUGUGACAACUACACCAACCACAGUAACGCCAGAGAUCACCAAUACACCCACUGUCCUCUUAACAACAACACCGUCUGAUUCAUGGACAACAGCGAUAAACCCUGAGACUUCAACGACAACACUCGCUGCUAUGAAUACAUCUGAGAGGGGCAACGACACAGACAAAGCUGGAGCCUCAGUGAGCGACUCAGAAAGAGGUUUGGCAUCGGAUACAAACACUCAAAAACACUCAACGUGGGGAACUGUACUGGGGAUAGUGGCGGUCAUGGUCUGCGUGGGACUGGUGGCCUACGUCAUCCUGAAACACAAACACCAGAAAGGAUUCUCUCACAGGAAACUGGUGGAAGAGUUCCCUUCAGAUCCAGUUCUCAGAUUGGACAACAGCGAACCCUUGGACUUGAACUUUGGAGGUUCAGCCUAUUACAACCCGGCUCUCCAGGGGGACAACAUCCAAAUGAGCAACUUUCCAGGACGCCGCUAAAAACUGAAAAGACUCCAUAAACCAAUGAUGAACUCCCUGCGAAGAAAGGCUGCCAGUCCUGCUCAUUGGUGUUUGAUGGACGACCUAUAAUGUGGAGUUUUGUAAAUAAGACUGUCUGAACGUGGCAUUUGAGGAGGGAAAUUAGCGAGCAGAUUGUAAAGGUCUGUUGUCAGCCACCACAAAUGCCGCUUAUGUUAGAUUAUGCAUUGUGCUGAGUAGAUUUAUUACAAUGAAAUAGAGGGAUCACUGAAGGCAAUCUGUCUGAACUAGACGGCACCAGCCAAAAUUAACUGUCAGCCAUUUGUGUACGUUGCCAAAGGGAAUCAAAUUAAGUCUUUUUUUGAACGAAGAAUCUGCUCUGCAGUGGACGAAGGAGGCUAUAAAUGAAUACUUGUUACAGCUUUUAGUUUCAUUUUUAUUAUAUCUGUGUGAAUUAUAGCAACACACUGCUGUUGAAGACAUGCACACAGAGACAUGCACAUAAAAUCAGAUCGGCUGGAGGGAAGAAAAACAGGAUGCGACGUGUGCUUAAGGGACAUAUUUGUGCUCAUAAUGGAUAGGCCGGGUCUUUGUAAUAUAGCAAUAAGUAAUGUCUUUUACCUGCUUUUUGUAACAUAACAAGUUACAAGUGCUGCUGCUCUCUGUCCUUAAAAAAACUUGCCAGUUGAGGCGUUUGCAACAAAAUUCAGAAGCCAUGAUGAACAGUGACGUUAUCCAUACCAAUAAUUACCUGCUGUUAUGGCCUAAAGGAGGCAAUAAGAAGUUAAAAUUGAACCGCACUUUCUGAUUAUCCACAAUUGGUAGUCACAGCCAGAGUCCGAGAAUUGAACCAUCAAACCAAAGACUUCAGUUUGUGUUUUUGUACACCAGCGAGGGAGGGAGGUGGAGCGAGGCAGGGAGACUGCUUUGUUAUUCAUUGACGGAGGUUUUGGUAUUCAGGACGGGAGUUGUGUUAUUUGGUCUUAGCAGCACUCAGUAGCAACAACUAUAUCAUCAUAAUAUCCUGCUUAAAUCUUCUGACCUCCAAGUGUCCAAACAGAUUUUAGUACCUCGUAGCGACAGUGUGCAUCUUGGAGAUUUAUGUAGCGGUACCUAGUGCAUACCUGGAGUAAACUUAUGGAAUAAACAUAUAUGAAGAAUCAUUUUCAUCUUUUUUUAUUGUUAUACUUACAGCUGAGUUUGCUUUAACUGAUUGACAACCUGCAAGAAAAUCAAGGAGGGGAUAGGGAGGGAUUCAUCGCUUAUUCUUUAUGCAUCUUUGUACAAAAAAGUCUAACUAAAUUUCAUAAUCUAUUUUCAAAACUUUCUUACUUUUAUGUAAUAUA